GCGAUCUUGUUCGGGUUGAUCCUCGCUGCCGGCCUCAUCCCACUGCUAAUCUGCUUUCCUGAUCGGGGCGUGGAGGAGCAAAGCGAGCAGGAACUGCAGUUUCUGCGCGUGUCGCGCGACCCGCGGCGCUACGUGCGGCCCGAGGAGCAGACGGCGCUGCUGUCGCCGCUUCCCUGCGCGCCCCGCCCCCGCGGCCCCUCCGCGACCCCGCCGCGCCUGCUCAUGCUGGUGACGUCGGCGCCCGCGCACCACGAGCGCCGCCAGGCCAUCCGCGAGACGUGGGCGGCCGCAGCGAGGACUGCGCGCCUCGUCUUCGUGCUGGGACGCGGCGCGCGGAGCCGGCCUCUCGAAACCCUCGGACUUACGGACGCGUACUACAAACCUGACGCUCAAGACGCUGUUCCUGCUCAGUGGGCGGUGCGCGAGUGCCCGUCGGCGCGUUCGUGCUCAAUGACGGACGACGACAUGCUCAUCAACACGCGCGGCCUGGUGCGCGCGCUGCGCGCGCUGGGUGGCUCAGGCGCGGAUGGUGGCGCAAAUGGCCGCCUGGGUGCGCUGGACGCCGCGGCGACGGGCGACUCCAACGCACACGAGGCCCUGCCCCCUAUAAUCUUCGGCUCCGUUUUACAGCUGGAGCGACCGGUACGCCCCGGACUGGCUAUUCGCUGAGAGUGUCUACCCGAACUUUGUGUCCGGGUGUGUGUACGUAAUGACCGGAACCUCCCUGGAGCUUCUCUUCCAAGAGGCGUUGGACACGCCCCUGCUGCCGCUGGAAGACGUCUUCCUCACCGGGAUUGUGGGCGGCAGCCGACUCGGCAUUCCAUUGGUGCACAUUUCUCGCUUCUGGACUGCUCAGCCACGGUUGAAUCUGUCUACGAGUGUUUAUCAUCACUGUGCGUAUCAUCACAUGUUGGCCACACACCACGUUACACCGGAGAUGCUACGGCAGCUGUGGAAAUCGCUGUUACGACUGCAGCCCGCUCUAGAGUGCGAUACGUUCCUCAUGCACAUUCUGGGGCACCUCUUCACUCCUGGCUCCUACCAAGUACGUCCUCCCAACUCUUAUUUCGACCAAAUACGUGGAGAACGCGAACGGUUGUCAAGUCGUUCAGAGAAUGAACUGUUUUGUGUUGAUGAAUAUUGAACUUAAGAGCAAUUUGUGAAAUCCCAAUUCUAACAGAAUGGAA